UUCUGUUUCUUUCAGACUCCGGGGAUUCUGACCAAAACGCAGGCCUUCUCUCCUGCUGAGUUUAUGAGGAACUUCGACUUCAGAAAGUGGCAAUGAGGUUGCUAUGGAAACUGGUAAUUCUGCUGCCACUCAUCAAUGCUUGCACAGGUGACCAGGGUGCCGGGCCGUCCAGCCGCCCCGUCUUCACGCAGGAGCCGCAGGACGUCACUUUUCCAUUGGCCUCGUCACAGUCAGAAGUCACCCUGAGCUGUGCUGCGACCGGCUACCCUCCACCCCAUUACAGGUGGAGGCGGAAUGGCACAGACCUGGAUUUUUCCAUGAGUUCGCACCACAGGUUGGACGGAGGCAACUUGGCGAUCAGCAGCCCACGCUGGGACCAGGACGCGGGCACCUACCAGUGUCUGGCCACCAACCCGCUGGGCACGGCUCUGAGUCAGACAGCGAAGCUCCAGUUUGCAUAUAUCGAAGACUUUGAGACCAAAACGAGAAGUGCGGUGUCCGUCCGAGAAGGCCAAGGCGUGGUGCUCCUCUGCAGGCCACCCCCACACUUCGGAGAUUUAUCUUACGCGUGGACCUUCAACGACAACCCUUUGCACGUCCAAGAGGACAACAGGAGAUUUGUUUCUCAGGAGACAGGCAACCUGUACAUCGCCAAAGUGGAACCGUCCGAUGUGGGCAACUACACCUGCUUCGUAACAAACAGAGAAGCACGGAGAAGUGUGCGAGGCCCACCCACACCACUGGUGCAGCGGCCUGAUGGUGUGAUGGGGGAAUACGAACCAAAGAUGGAAGUGCGCCUUCCCGACACUGUGCAAGCCACCAAGGACUCGUCCGUAAAACUGGAAUGCUUCGCCCUUGGAAAUCCAGUCCCCGAUAUUAGUUGGAGGAGGUUGGACGGAAGCCCGUUGCCAGGGAAAGUCAAGUACAGCAAAUCCCAGGCUACCCUUGAAAUCCCGAACUUUCAACAGGAAGACGAAGGCUUCUACGAAUGCACUGCAGGCAACCUGCGCGGGAGGAACCUGGCGAAGGGCCGGCUCGUUUUCUACGCCCCUCCGGAAUGGGAACAAAAAAUCCAGGACACGUACCUGUCCAUUUAUGACAGCUUGUUCUGGGAAUGCAAAGCCAGAGGAAAGCCCAGGCCCUGGUACACCUGGUUAAAGAAUGGUGAGCGCCUGGGUGCAGAGGAAAGAAUUCAAGUAGAAAAUGGGACACUCACCAUCACUAUGCUUAAUGUGUCUGACUCCGGGGUCUACCAGUGUGCUGCCGAAAACAAACACCAGACAAUCUAUGCAAAUGCGGAGCUGAGAGUAUUAGCGUCAGCUCCUGAUUUCUCCAAAAACCCCGUUAAAAAGACGUCCGUGGUUCAAGUCGGUGGGGACGUGGCCAUCGAGUGCCGGCCGCGGGCCUUCCCCAGGGCCACCGUCGCCUGGAGCCGCGGCGCGCAGGGCCUGGGGCGCAGCCGCAGAGUGUUUGUCUUGGAGGACGGCAGCCUGAAGAUCCAGAAUGCCAGUAGGUCAGACGCCGGGCCCUACACAUGCGUGGCCACCAACCCAUUUGGGGUGGCAAGGAGUACGGGCAGCCUCGUGGUGAAAGAGCGGACCGUUAUCACGGAGCCACCUGCCCCGAUGGACGUCACGGUGGGCGAGAGCAUCGUCCUGACCUGCCAGGUGUCCCAUGACCCCUCCAUGGAGGUCGCAUUUGUGUGGUCUUUCAAUGGACACAUCAUAGACUUAAGAAAGGAUGCGGCUCAUUUUGAAAGGAUUGGAGGAGGCUCUGUGGGAGACUUGAUGAUAAGGAAUAUCCAGUUAAGUCACUCAGGGAGAUACCUCUGCGCGGUGACGACAGCCCUAGAGAGCUUGUUGGCAAUGGCGGAGAUCAUCGUCAGAGGUCCCCCAGGUCCCCCCGAGGAGGUGAAGGUGGAACACGUGUCCAGCACCACGUCCCAGCUCAGCUGGCGGCCCGGCUCGGACAAUAACAGCCCCAUCCAGAUCUUCACGGUCCAGGCGCGGAUGCCGUUUUCUGUGGGCUGGCAGGCUGUCUCCACGGUUCCAGAGAUUCUCAACGGUCAGACGUACAAUGCGACCGUGGUGGGCCUGAUUCCCUGGGUGGAGUAUGAGUUCCGUGUCCUCGCUGGGAACAGCAUCGGGAUUGGAGAGCCGAGCAGAGCAUCCGAACUGCUUAGGACCAAGGCCUCCAUCCCCAUUGUGGCUCCAACCAACAUCCAGGGAGGAGGAGGAAGCCGGUCGGAACUCGUAGUCACCUGGGAGCCCAUCCCUGAGGAGCUGCAGAGCGGCGGGGAGUUCGGCUACCUGGUCAUGCUGCGGCCCGUGGGCUCCGCCACCUGGACCAAGGAGCGAGUCCCAUCCGUGGAGGCGUCGAGAUUCGUGUACAGAAACGAAAGCGUCACCCCGCUCUCCCCCUUCGAGGUCAAAGUGGGCGUGUACAACAGCGAGGGGGAAGGGGCCCUGAGCACCGUGUCCAUCAUCUACUCCGGGGAGGACGAGCCUCAGCUGGCCCCACGGGGAACCUCUGCCCAAAGUUUCUCUGCUUCUGAGAUGGAGGUUUCGUGGACGGCCAUCGCCUGGAACAGAAUCACGGGCCGUGUGCUGGGCUAUGAGGUCUUAUACUGGACUGACAACUCCAGGGAACCCAUGAUUGGUAAGGUCAGAGUCCAUGGAAAUGUCACAACCAAGAUCAUCAUGGGGCUGAAGGCCAACACCGUCUACUUUGCCUCCGUCAGAGCUUACAACACGGGUGGGACGGGGCCCUCAAGCCCUCCGGUCAACGUCACGACCAAGAAGUCACCUCCGAGCCAACCCCCAGCUAACAUUGCGUGGAAGCUGACUAACUCCAAAUUAUGCCUGAACUGGGAGCACGUGAAAACCAUGGAAAAUGAGUCUGAGGUGCUGGGCUACAAGAUUCUGUACAGGCAAAACCGACAGAGUAAAACCCACAUUUUGGAGACAAACAACACAUCAGCUGAGCUGCUGGUCCCCUUCGAAGAGGACUACCUGAUUGAGAUAAGGACAGUCAGCGAUGGUGGGGACGGGAGCAGCAGCGAGGAAAUCAGGAUUCCAAAAAUGUCCAGUCUGAGUUCCAGAGGAGUCCCCAUUUCAGAACCCGGCAUCCACUUCCUGUCUGUGAUAAUGAUUUUUUACUGUUUCGCUCUCAAGCCACUUGAACGGUGAAUGGAUCCAUAAAUCUCGAGAGGCUUCUAAAGGCAAAUCGUUCUGUAAAUACCCUCUCUGGCCCCAUCCCCAGAUACAUUCUUAAUACCGACUUGUUUGGAAAGAAAAAAAAAAGUAUAUUAUUAAGAGCUUAUAAAUAUCUAUGGUACAGUAAUAAAGCAAUUUAAACUCUUUUGAAUUUUAAA